GGUCCCAGCAUGGUGUCUGCCCAGGGAGACCUGCCAGCUUUACAGGAUCUGCAGGUGUAGAACUCUGCACCCUGUGGCAAAGCCUUUUCAUGGGAGAGGACUGCCUGCCCAGCUUCUAUAGCCAGGUGGCACAGGGCUGUCCCUGCCAUGGAAUUACUUACCUUGACCAUGCAGGUGCCACGCUUUUUGCAGACAGCCUGCUUAAGGGGUUUAUGGAUGAUCUCAGAGAAAACAUUUAUGGCAACCCGCAUAGUCAGAACAUCAGUAGCAAACUGACGUAUGACACUAUUGAGCAUGUUCGAUACAGAAUAUUGCAACAUUUCAAUACUACUGCAGAAGAUUACACCGUCAUUUUCACAUCUGGAAGCACAGCUGCACUUAAGCUGGUAGCUGAAACAUUCCCUUGGAUACCUGAAGGCGCAAAGGAACCAAGCAGUCGGUUUUGUUACCUAACUGACAGUCAUACUUCUGUGGUGGGCAUGAGGGGGAUAACUGCCAUGAUGAAUGUGUUAUCUGUUCUUGUGCAACCAAAGGACAUGUUGUUAUUAGAGAAAAACAAGGAACCAGCCAAAGAACAAAACUGCACAACACCACAUCUUUUCUGUUAUCCCGCUCAGAGCAAUUUUUCAGGUACCAAAUAUCCUCUGUCAUGGAUUCGGAAGAUAAAAGCCAGAGAGCUCUGCCCUGUCAGAAUACCUGGGAAGUGGUUUGUUCUACUGGACGCAGCUGCUUUUGUCAGCACCUCUCCAUUAGACUUAACAGUUCACACAGCAGACUUUGUUGCCAUUUCAUUCUAUAAAAUCUUUGGCUUCCCCACUGGUUUAGGAGCACUUCUGGUAAACAAUGAAAUUGCUCCUUUUCUAAGGAAGAUCUACUUUGGAGGAGGAACUGCAGCUGCCUACCUUGCUGGAGAGGAUUUCUACUCUCCAAGACAAUCGAUAGCAGAAAGAUUUGAAGAUGGGACAGUUUCCUUUCUUGAUAUCAUUGCACUGAAACAUGGAUUUGAUGCUUUGGAAAGACUUACAGGUGGAAUGGAGAACAUAAAACAGCAUACCUUUGCAUUAGCUCACUACACCUACACUGUGCUGUCUACAUUAAAGUAUACUAAUGGGGCACCUGUUGUGCACAUUUACAGUGAUACAGACUUCAGCAAUCCCGAUGUCCAGGGUCCGAUCAUUAAUUUUAAUGUGCUGGAUGAAAAUGGAGACAUAAUCGGCUAUUCGCAGGUGGACAAGAUGGCUAGUCUCUACAACAUACAUGUCCGUACAGGUUGCUUUUGCAAUACAGGUGCCUGCCAGCAGCAUUUGGGGAUCAGCAAUGAGGAUAUCAAAAGGAACCUUCAGGCCGGCCACAUGUGUGGAGAUGACAUAGAUAUAAUUGAUGGACGUCCCACUGGGUCUGUGAGAAUAUCAUUUGGCUACAUGUCCACAUUUGAAGAUGCACAAAACUUUCUAAAGUUCAUUAUAGCCACCCAACUCUCCAAAGCAGACAUGAAGUUUCCCUCUCAACCUACUCCAACCAAGACUGUUACAGAGUCUGAAGAAUCCCCCAUGCAGAAUGACCAAACUUCCUGUCACAAUGCAGAUGUGUUGUCAAUGAAAACUAUUAUCGCAGACACUGGACCCUGGAAUAACUCAUCUGCAAUGCUGAAGACUACCAGGUGGCAGCCACCAGAGACUGAAUUGGAAAGGACCAGGGCUGCUGUUUUUGAGCGGGCAGUUCCUGUACACAGCAGUAGUAACAAGCCAAUAAGUGUCACCAACAUUUGCCUCUACCCAAUCAAAUCUUGUUCUGCAUUUGAGGUUACACAGUGGCCUGUAGGAAACCAAGGAUUGCUGUAUGACCGUAAUUGGAUGCUUGUGAAUCAGAAUGGAGUUUGCAUUACUCAGAAGCAGGAGCCUAGGCUCUGUCUGAUACAUCCCUCAAUUGACCUAAAACAAAAGAUUAUGGUUAUCAAAGCAGAAGGAAUGGACCCCAUAGCUAUACCUCUAGAGGAAAACCUGGAAAAAGAGAGACAGAUCUGUCAGAGCAAAGUCUGUGCACAUAGAGUACAAACGUAUGACUGUGGAGAGAGGAUUGCAGACUGGUUCUCUGAGUUUCUUGGUCGUCAGUGUCACCUGAUCAGGCAGAGUUCAGACUUCAAAGGAAAUGCAACUCAGAAGCAUGUAAAAGGUCAGGCACCCUCUGCAACCCUCUCACUUUCUCUUGUGAAUGAAGCACAAUAUCUCCUGAUAAACACUGCAAGCAUUUUGUAUCUGAAAGAGCAAAUUAUUGCAAGAUUGGAAGAGCCACUAGAAACAGAACAGCUGAUCCAACGCUUCCGUGCCAACAUUGUGAUCAACACAAUGGAGCCUUUUGAGGAAGAGGAAUGGGCUGAGAUUUCAAUUGGUGCUCUACAUUUCCAGGUUGUAGGUCCAUGCAACAGAUGCCAAAUUAUCUGCAUAGAUCAAAAAUCUGGAGAGCGAAACAAGGAAUUCCUGCAGUCUCUGUCUAAUGCCAGAGGUAGAAAGACACACUUUGGCAUAUAUCUGAUGAACCAGUCCUCAUGCUCAUCUUCUUCAUAUAUAUUGUCAGUGGGAUCUCCAGUAUUUCCUAUGUUGAAGGAGAGUACAAAAAUACAGUGCCCACCAUCCAAUGAAGAAAAAGCUUCUGGAUAACUUUCUUUGGCUGCACAAGUUUGACAUGGAUAAUUGAGAAAAAUCUGGUUGUCAGUUAUUAAAAAAAUCUUCUACUGA